CCUCUUUUCGGCCCGCAACUUUCAAGCGUACGAGACUGUGACUCAACCGGUCGUCUACCCAUUCCACUCUCCAGCACUUCUUCGAUCCGUCGGGGGCCCUUAGUUUGCCCUCUUCUUCUUCUUGUUCAAGAUGGCAACCGAAGAUGCAAAUGACGGGCCCGACAAGUCAUUGAAGAUCGAGAACACGCAAAAGCGCGACGCCCUCAUCGAGAUCGAGAAAAAGUACCAGAAAUCCUGGGCCGACGGCAAGGUUUUCGAAUUGAAUGCGCCCAGCAUAACCGACGUUCCCUUCCAUAGCUUGUCACCCGCGGAGCUGCGCGCUCAGCGGCCCAAGUUCUUCGCUACGGUCCCCUACCCUUACAGCAAUGGCAGUUUGCAUUUGGGACACGCCUUCACCAUAUCGAAGGCCGAGUUUGCCACACGAUACGCCCGGAUGCAAGGCAAGCAGGCCCUCUUUCCGUUCGCCUUCCACUGCACCGGUAUGCCGAUCAAGGCCUGCGCCGACCGCUUGACGACGGAAGUAGAGCUCUUCGGCAAGAACUUUGAGCGCUACGACGAGCUUGAGGGCGAAGAAGAGGACACAGCCAACAAGGGGGGAAGCAAAGAAAAAUCAGAGGACGUUGCCAAGUUCAGUUCGAAUAAGAGCAAGGCCUCGGCGAAAACAGCAAAGGCCAAGUACCAGUUCCAGAUUAUGCUCGCCCAGGGUAUCCCCCGCGAGGAGAUACACCUGUUUGCCGACCCAUUGCACUGGGUGCACGUCUUCCCGGAGAUGGCAAUCCGUGAUGCUACAAACUUCGGCCUCGGUGUGGACUGGCGCCGCUCGUUCGUAACGACGGACGCUAACCCGUUCUACGACUCCUUCGUGCGUUGGCAGAUGAAUCAGCUCAAACAGCUCGGCAAGGUUAAGUUUGGGAAACGUUAUACAGUCUACUCGCCGAAAGACAAGCAGGCGUGCAUGGACCACGAUCGCAGCGAGGGCGAGGGCGUCACCGUCCAGGAGUAUACGGCCAUCAAGAUGCGGGUUCUGGAGUGGUCUGAGGCGAGCAAGAGCAAGGUUCAAGCCGCAGGCCUGCCAUCCGAUGCGCAGGUAUACUUCGUCGCCGCGACGCUCCGUCCUGAAACCAUGUACGGACAAACAUGUUGCUUCGUCGGUUCCAAGGUCAAAUAUGGUGUCUUCGCCACUGCUAAGGAGAAGGAGUACCUAUUCGUAACCGAACGGGCGGCCCGCAACAUCGCGUUUCAACCCGACACCUUUGCGAAAUGGGGCGAGUACGAUAAGGUGGUGGAGCUGAACGGCGCAGACGUUAUUGGCACCUUGGUAAACGCGCCCCUGUCAGUGCACAACAAUGGUGUUCGCGUAUUGCCUAUGGAGACGGUAAAGGAAACCAAGGGAACCGGCGUGGUAACAUGCGUGCCAUCCGAUAGCCCCGACGACUACGCCAUGACGGUCGAAUUGUCUAACAAGCCUGACUACUACGGUAUCAAAAAGGAGUGGGCCGCUUUGGAAAUCUUGCCCAUCAUUGAAACGCCAACGUACGGAAAGCUUACCGCACCCGAAUUGGUCACUAGGAUGAAGAUCGUCUCCCCCAAAGACCCACGACUUCCCGAAGCCAAGGAGGUCGCCUACAAGGAAGGAUUUUACCAGGGUGUCAUGAUCUACGGCGAAUUCUCGGGGAAGACGGUGCAGGAAGCCAAAGGACUCGUCCAGAAGCACCUCAUCGAAAAGGGGGAUGCCUUCCCCUACGCCGAGCCUGACGGCCUCGUUAUCAGCCGGUCCAAAGAUGAAUGCGUCGCCGCGCAUCUAGACCAGUGGUACCUGAACUAUGGCACGGAUGAGAACGGCGGUGACGGUGCAUGGUGUGAUCAGGUGCUUCAGCACCUAGAGGGCGACCUCAACACGUUUUCCACCGAAGUAAAACGGCAAUUCGAAUCUACCCUCGGUUGGUUAAGCCAGUGGGCGUGCGCACGGUCCUACGGACUGGGCUCCAAACUCCCUUGGGACCCCGAUUUCCUAGUCGAGUCUCUUAGCGAUAGCACUAUCUAUCAAGCGUAUUAUACCGUAGCUCACUACCUGCAUAGCGAUCUAUAUGGCAAAGAGCCCGGAAUUGGACGCAUUUUGCCGCACCAGAUGACGGAUGCCGUAUGGAAUUAUCUCAUGGCUCGCUCAGAGCAGGUCCCAGAGGAUGGCAACGGCAUUCCAUUGGAGACCCUGCACGCUAUGCGCCGUGAAUUCGAAUACUGGUAUCCCUUAGACCUGCGCACGUCUGGGAAAGAUCUCAUCCAGAACCACCUUACCUUCUUCCUCUACAACCACAUCGCCAUAUGGCCUUCCGAAUACUGGCCCCGCGGCAUACGAGCCAACGGCCAUCUUCUGCUAAACGGCGAGAAGAUGAGCAAGAGCACGGGCAACUUCCUCACCCUCCACGAGUCCGUCGAGAAGUAUGGUACCGACGCGGCCCGGAUCGCGCUCGCGAACGCGGGAGAUAGCAUUGACGACGCGAACUUCGAAGAGAGUGUCGCUAACAAGACGAUUCUGAAGCUUUACGAACUGAGAAAAUGGCUGCAAGACGUGCUGCAGGGCAAUGAAGGGGAGGCGGCGCUGCGUAGCGAGGACUCAGAGCCAUUCUUCUGGGACACGCUCUUUGAGCACCAUAUGAACCAGCUUGUUGCCGAGACCAAGUCACAAUAUGACCAGUAUCUCUUCAAAAACGUGCUGAGGUCCGGCUUUUACGACCUGACUAGUGCCAGAGAUUUCUACCGGGAUGCCACAAAAGCAGCGGGAAUACCGAUGCACCGCAAGCUUAUCCGUCGCUACGCCGAGCUUCAAGCUCUCGUCCUAACCCCCAUCGCCCCGCACUGGGCCGAAUACGUUUGGCUCGAGGUGCUGAAUCAUAAGAACAGCAUAUUAACCGAGUGUUGGCCCGAGACAGCACCGGCCGAUGCAGCGUGGCUCGCAACCCUGAGCUAUAUACAGAACACCAUGUCCAACGUGACAGCGGCCGAGGCGCACCAGCAGAAAAAGCUCGCCAAGGGCAAGAAGGUCGGUGGGUUCGACCCGAAAAAGCCGUUCAAGGUGGCCAUCUUCUUCACGACUGCACUCCCAGACUGGCAAGAUAGAUGUAUCAGUCUGGUGAGCAGCGCCCUCGAAGAGCUAGGGCUCAUCGAUAUGAAUAGCAUCGGCAAAAAGAUAGACAAGAAAGAGACGAAGCGCGCGAUGCCCUUCAUUAGGGGCCUGAAGGACCGACUCGAUUCCGGCGAGACCAAGAGCGUCGUUCUCAACACACGCCUGCCCUUUGACGAGCGGAAGGCACUUACCGAGAUGAUCCCGGUGCUGACUCACAUGUUGCAGCCUCGUUGCGGUGCCGUGAGCGUGUUCGAGGUCAAACCGGACAACGUAAGCAAUGUCGUGAGCGGAGAACCAUGGAGUGGUGAUCUCCCAGGGUCAGCUGCAUCGGCCGUACCCGGUGCACCGUCUUUCCACUUUGAGAAUUUAGAGGAGUCGACGAAACCGUAACCUGGCCGUAGCGCGGGGGAAGCGCCGUGCUAGGCGUAUGAUUUUCACAUGUAGUUGGGGAUCUCGCGGGGCUCAAG